AUGGUAGGACUGGUGGCGCAACCGGAGCCGCCGCUAGGAGAACAUGGCGGGGGAGUGAGGCGAGCCACCAGCAGCUCCCCGGUGUUGUUACCCGGGUGCGUCCCGCCCACUUCCGCCCCCGCGCCAACCGCCGUGCGCGGACGGCGCCAGCGUCUCGCCUCUCUGCCCCGCCCCGCCAAUCGCGGGAGAGCAGCAGCCUCUCUGCCCCGGCUCCAGCCAAUCGAAAGCGACACAAACACUCGGGGCCACUCCUCCCUUAGGGGCCGCCCAAUCCGGGCCGGCACGCCCCCCCGGUCUCCGAGUCACGGGCUUGCAGUGCGCGGCAGGCGGGCGGUGCUCCACCGGCCAAUCGGGAUCCGCACGAACAGCCGAGGCCACGCCUCCCCAGGCGCCUCAGCCAAUCGCGGGAGACGUAAACAGGCGUCGGCGCGCCCCCGGUGGGCGGUGGCAGCGGGUGGGCACGCGUCGCUCGCCAUGGAGGAGCCGGGCCCGGCCGCGGCGCCGCCGGAGGGGCGGGGGCGGGACGAGCGGAGCCUGGAGGCGCUCAGCCUGGCUGGCGGCGGAGGGGCGGCGGUGGCGGGGCGGCAGCUAUCGGAGGGGCGGCGGGCGACGCUGGCGAGCGCCCUGGAACUGGAGGGGACGGUGCUGCGCGAAGGGCGCCUCACCCAGUUCGUAGCCAACAACCUGGAGCGGCGGAUCCGGCUGAGCGGCGCCCCGCGGGGCGAGCCUCCGGCGGGGGGCGGCGGGUCCUCCAUCCCCGCCAUCGACCCCGGGGCGCUGCAGGACGUGGUAGCCCUGGCCGGGCAGGUGGCGGCGCAGGUGGACGAGCUGCUGCGGAACGUGCACUGCGGGCUGCAGGCGCUGACGGCGCUCAGCGUCGGCUGCAUCCAGACCUACCGCGACGGCGUGGAGAGCCUGGGCGAGGCGGCCGACCUCAGCAUCCGCGCCAUGUACGCGCUGGUGGCGCGCUGCGAGGAGCUGGACCGCGCCAUGCAGCCCGUGCCCGCCCUGGCCAAGCGCAUCCGUGACAUGAAGGGCACGCUGGAGCGGCUCGAGGGGCUCUGCAAGUAGCUGCUCCCGCCGCCGCUCCUUCCGUGCCGGCGGCGGGGGCCUGGGGCUGCUGCUCUCUCGCUCCGGCGGCCCCACCGCUCACGGCGUCCGCAGCUCCCACCUGCACAUCCUCGCUCGCUCUCCCCGUGCGUGACUUGCCGGCAGCAGUGGCCAGAUCGCCUGGGUUGAUCUGGACGAAGAGAAGUUUUUGCGGCGGACGAAGGAAAAAGUCCUGGUUGAAAACCGCGGGGUACAUGGCAGAUGGUGCUUUUUAGCUUCAGCUCCAUUAAAGAAUUUGGAUUCCACAUGCCUUACGCUUUCUAUUUAUUGAGGGCUAAGAGAAACUAACGAGUAUUAAUUAAAUAAUUAAAAGUAGAUUUUUUUUUUUUAAAUCAAAUACAAAAUUCUUGUGAGUACCUGCUUGAUGCUUACAGGCAUCUGUGCUUAUUUGUAGUUGAUUUGGAGCCUGAAGAGUAAUUCUCACCUAUGUUUUUAUAGCAAAUAAACUCACUGAACACCACUCUUUCUUACAGGACACAGUUUUAAGAUAAGAGUAAGUUUACAUAUAGCAAAGACACUUGUUUGCUGAGAAGAAUAUAAAGUCCAUGGAAGAUAAUUGAGAUUCAGAUAAGAACGCAUCAUGAGCAGAGUUCUAAAUAAAAGCUUUCAGAUGAAA